GAUUUGAGCUGUGACCAUUCUAGAAAGUGCGACACUGUUUUGUAUUGUUCUGACAUUGACAUCUUUUAGAUUGUUUCAAUAAACCUGUUUUUGAGGCAAACCUAAUGAAGUGGCUGCUGUUUUUGCUUAUUUGUCUAACUAUUACAACCACGGGAGUCUAUAAAUCCAAGUUUUUUUUCAUUUAUUUCUGCAGAUCGGAUUUUUUAAAAGGACAACAAAUGUACACGUACCAAGUAAUUUCCCCCGUAUUAUUUUUUCUCCUCUCGCAGCUUCACUCCAGUCCAGCGGGCGGCGCUACAACACAUACGUUUGUUUGCCAAACACCAUAAAAACCUCCGAGGAAGAAGAUUUUCACCGUGCUCUCUGUUAUUUUGUUGUAAUGGUGUUUUAAUAUAUACUGUUAGAAAUGUUGUUUCUGUAAAAUACAGUUUUUUUUUUAAUCAGGGCAAUAAAUACCUGUAAUAUUCUGUUCCUCACAGUUGUCACUAAGUUUUGAAGCAAGCAGGAAUAUCUGGAGGAGUAUCAUCUGAACUGAGAUCUGCUGCUGUGAAGAUGGUGUUUGUUAAAGAGGAGAGUGAGGAGGACACGAGUGAACCAGAAACCUGGAGAAUAAAACAAGAGGAACAAGGAGGCCUGAUGAAAGUGAAAGAAGAAAGACAAGAUCUGAAUGAGGUGGAGGAGAAACACAAGGAUCAGAAAGAUCAUGAUGUCAAUGAAGAAAAAUCAUCGUGACUAAGUUUUGAAGCAAGCAGGAAUAUCUGGAGGAGUAUCAUCUGAACUGAGAUCUGCUGCUGUGAAGAUGGUGUUUGUUAAAGAGGAGAGUGAGGAGGACACAAGUGAACCAGAAACCUGGAGAAUAAAACACGAGGAACCAGAAACCUGGAGAAUAAAACACGAGGAACAAGGAGGCCUGAUGAAAGUGAAAGAAGAAAGUCAAGAUCUGAAUGAAGUGGAGGAGAAACAUAAGGAUCAGAAAGAUCAUGAUGUUAAUGGAGAAAAAUCAGUGAGUUGCAGCAUUCAAAUAACAGACGUCAAUAAGCCUUUCAGCUGCUCUCAGUGUGGAAACACAUUCAAACAGAAAGGAAGCCUUAUGAAACACGUGAGAAGUCAUACUGGGGAAAAGCCUUUCAGCUGCUCUCAGUGCGGAAACACUUUCACGUGUAAUGAAAACCUUAAAAAUCACAUGUUAAAUCAUGCUGGAAUAAAACCUUUUACCUGCUCUCAGUGUGGAAAGAGUUUUACAAAGAAAAGGCAACUUAAGGAUCAUUUGGUAACUCACACUUCAGAAAAGCCUUUCACCUGCUCUCUGUGUGGAAACACUUUCACACGUAAAACAAACCUUAAGAAGCACAUGCUAAUUCAUACUGGGAUAAAGUCUUACAGCUGCUCUCAGUGUGGAAAUAGUUUUACACAGAAAGGACACCUUAAUGAUCAUUUGGUAACUCACUCUUCAGAAAAGCCUUUCAUCUGCUCUCAGUGUGGAAAGUCUUUCACACGUAAAGGAUACCUUAAGACUCACAUGUUAAUUCAUACUGAAAUAAAGCCUUUCAGCUGCUCUCAGUGUGGAAAGAGUUUCAUAUGUAAAGGAAUCCUGAGGAAUCACAUGUUAAUUCAUGCUGGAGUAAAGUCUUUCAGCUGCUGUGUGUGUGGAAAGAGUUUUACACAGAAAGGACACCUUCAGAAUCAUUUGGCAACUCACUCUUCAGAAAAGCCUUUCAGCUGCUCUCAGUGUGGAAAGUCUUUCACACGUAAAGGAUACCUUGAGACUCACAUGUUAAUUCAUGCUGGUUCAGAAAUAUCUGGAGGAGUAUCAUCUGAACUGAGAUCUGCUGCUGUGAAGAUGGUGUUUGUUAAAGAGGAGAGUGAGGAGGACACAAGUGAACCAGAAACAUGGAGAAUAAAACAGGAGGAACAAGGAGGCCUGAUGAAAGUGAAAGAAGAAAGACAAGAUCUGAAUGAAGUGGAGGAGAAGCAUCAGCAUCAGAAAGCUCAUGAUUCCACCACUGGAGAAAAAUCAGUGAGUUGCUCCAAAACUGAAAACAGUUGCUCACAAAGCAACAUUCAAAUAACAGAAGUCAAAAGGCCUUUCACCUGCUGUGAGUGUGGAAACACUUUCAAACAUAAAAGAAGCCUUAUGUACCACACGUUAGUUCAUGCUGGAAUAAAGCCUUUCACCUGCUCUGAGUGUGGAAAGAGUUUUACACAGAAAAAACAACUCAAUGAUCAUGUGCGUAUUCACUCUUCAGAAAAGCCUUUCACCUGCUCUCAGUGUGGAAACACUUUCACACGUAAAGCAAGCCUUAAAAACCACAUGAUAAUUCAUACUGGGAAAAAGCCUUUCAGCUGCUCUCUGUGUGGAAACACUUUUACACGUAAAGGAAGCCUGAAGAAUCACAUGUUGAUUCACAAUGGAGUAAAGCCUUUCGUCUGCUCUCAGUGUGGAAAGAGUUUUAUUCAGAAAGGACACCUUAAGAUUCAUUUGGUAACUCACUCUUCAGAAAAGCCUUUCGUCUGCUCUCAGUGUGGAAAGAGUUUUACACAGAAACAUCAACUCAAUGAUCAUGUGCUUAUUCACUCUUCCAAAAAGCAAUACAGCUGCUCUCAGUGUGGAAGGAGUUUCUCACAGGAAAAAAAACUUAAUGAUCAUGAGCGUAUUCACUCUUCAGAAAAGCCUUUCACCUGCUCUCAGUGUGGAAACACUUUCACGCGUAAAGCAAGCCUCAACAAUCACAUGAUAAUACAUACUGGGAAAAAGCCUUUCAGCUGCUCUCAAUGUGGAAACACUUUCAAACGCAAAGGAUGCCUGAAGAAUCACAUGUUGAUUCACAAUGGAAUAAAGCGUUUCGUCUGCUCUCAGUGUGGAAGGAGUUUUACACAGAAAGGACAUCUUAAGGUUCAUUUGAUAACUCACUCUUCAGAAAAGCCCUUCACCUGUUCUCAGUGUGGAAACACUUUCAAACGUAAAGAAUGCCUUAAGAUUCACAUGUUAAUUCAUACUGGGAAAAAGCCUUUUACUUGCUCUAUGCUGUUUGUUAAAGAGGAGAGUGAGGAGAACACGAGUGAACCAGAAACCUGGAAAAUAAAACAGGAGGAACAAGGAGGCCUGAUGAAAGUGAAAGAAGAAAAACAAGAUCUGAAUGAAGUGGAGGAGAAACACAAGGAUCAGAAAGAUCAUGAUGUCAAUGAAGAAAAAUCAGUGAGUUGCAGCAUUCAAAUAACAGACGUCAAAAGUCCUUUCAGCUGCUCUCAGUGUGGAAACACUUUCAAACAUAAAGGAAGCCUUAUGAAACACGUGAGAAUUCAUAGUGGGGAAAAACCUUUCAGCUGUUUUCAGUGUGGAAACACUUUCACGUGUAAUGAAAACCUUAAGAAUCACAUGCUAAUUCAUACUGGAAUAAAGCCUUUUACCUGCUCUCAGUGUGGAAAGAGUUUUACACAGAAAGGACACCUUAAGAAUCAUCUGGUAACUCACUCUUCAGAAAAGCCUUUCAGCUGCUCUCAGUGUGGAAGGUCUUUCACACGUAAAACAAACCUUAAGAAUCACAUGUUAAUUCAUGCUGGAAUAAAGCCAUUUACCUGCUCUCAGUGUGGAAAGAGUUUUACUCAGAAAGGACAACUUAAGGAUCAUUUUGUAACUCACACUUCAGAAAAGCCUUUCAGCUGCUCUCAUUGUGGAAACACUUUCAAACAUAAAGGAAGCCUUAUGAAACACAUGAGAAUUCAUAGUGGGGAAAAGCCUUUCAACUGUUUUCAGUGUGGAAACACUUUCACAUGUAAUGCAAACCUUAAGAAUCACAUGCUAAUUCAUACUGGGAUAAAGCCUUUCAGCUGCUCUCAGUGUGGAAAGAGUUUUACACAGAAAGGACACCUUCAGAAUCAUUUGGUAACUCACUCUUCAGAAAAGCCUUUCAUCUGCUGUCAGUGUGGAAAGUCUUUCACACGUAAAGGAUACCUUGAGACUCACAUGUUAAGUCAUGCUGGGUAAAAGCCUUUCAGCUGCUCUCAAUAUGGAAAGAGUUUCACCUCUAAACGAGGAUUUAAUCAUCACAUGAGAAUUCACACUAAAGAUGCGUUCCACUCCACUUUUAGACAUGCACUAGCGAACUUCCCUGAUCACUUCCCUUCGGGGGAAUCCCCGCUGCCAUUUUGAAGUGCGUUCCGCUUCGUGAGUUUAUAUGGACAGACCCUCAACCCCUCGAUUUUAACCGAGGGAGCGAGUCUGCUUCAUAUUCACACUUCAGGCCACUCCAUAGACCACAAUGCAACACGAUUAUGACGUCAUUGCAGACCUCGCUUAAUUUAUCCCCACCCCAAACGACUCUAUAAUAUAUAAAUUAUUAUUAUUAUUAUUAUUAUUUUUACAUUAAUAACCCAAACAUACCUAUAUACAUAUAGAAUGCUGCACCAAACAUAUUCGUAAGGGAAAAAACGUAAUCAAUAAACCAACUCCGUAGCAGACUCUAAUGGCGCUUUUCCACUGCAUGGUAUGGCACGGUACGGUUCAGUACGGCUCACUUUUGGGGGUUUUUCCACUGGGUACAGUACCUGGUACCUGGUACUUUUUUUAGUACCACCUCGGCCGAGGUUCCAAGCAAACCGUACCGUUACCAAAACGUGACUUGAAAACUGAUCACUGAUUGGCCGGAGAAAAUCGUCACUGCCUGCGUCAUUGAACUUGCGGCACGAGACACAACAGACCCGCCAGAUUUAAAUCAGCACAGCCAGUGAAGGAUCGAACGCAACUGUUUUGAAUGAGCACACCUUUCUUUUAACAACCAAAAAUGUUUCGUUGUCUGUUGAGGAAGUACAGACUGUCUCUUGUUGAUAGCCGAGGAGCAGAUCCAGUGAGAGCUUGAUGCAGCGACGUGGAAUUAAAAAGUUUUUCAGGAGUCAUGGCAGUAGAGGCGGCGCAACUAUAUAAUCCCACCCACUCUAAAGCGGUACUAAACUGCAGUGGAAACACAAACCGAGCCGAACCGUGCCGUUCUGAACCGUGCUGAGCCGAGUCGUACCACGCAGUGGAAAAGCGCCAUAAGUGAUCAAGGGCUUAGGACGUUCCAGUUCAGUCCAUUCCAAGGGUUUCUCCAGUAGUGGGCACUCAUGCAACGUAAUCAAUGAUGUACAGCCGAGUGAACGAGGCGGAGGGAAGUUUGCAAGUGAAGGGCAUAAAAAACGGACUGGAACGCAGCCUUAUUUAUUAUUAAUUAUUAAUUAUUGCGUCUGUCCUGUUUGUGGAAGGAGAUUUCUAAGGGUUUUAAAAGCAUGAAAAACUUGUGUGCUGUGUAGAGAUGGAUUUCAAAGCAAGAAGGUAUUACUGCACUUACUGAUACUGCUGAUCCAUCUGGUAUUUUAACAGUAUUCUUAUCGGUUCUUUUUGUUAUUUAAAAACAAAAACAAAAGACAAUCAAGAAAUAACAAACAAAUUAAGACCAUUGCUUUCAUUUUGAAAUUUAUCAGUCCCGUUGGCUCAAUUCUCAGAAUCUUAAGGUUUUUUUUUUUUUCUCACUCUCUCUCUCUCUCUCUCUAUCUCUCUCAAUACUAUAAAACUAUAAAAUAAUGUUAAUCUCUCUAAACAAUUAGUUUCUUGUCACACUAGGUUUGGAUUUCUUAAUUUAUCUAAGCAAAUUGCGUCUGUUUUGGCACAUGUGCAAAAGAGUAAGUAUAUGUCUCUUCAUGAAAGAAAUGUGUAAAAGACAAAAGUGAAUUUUCUGUUUACAUGUAACACAGUGCUACUCAAAUAAAUGUACUUUAUGAAUUCAAAUGUGCAUAUUCAACGCUCUACAGACACCUUGGCAAUAUAAUUGCUUUGGCUAGUAAUUUUUUAGUUUACUUGCCAGAAUGAUAUGCUG